CCAUCUCCAGUAAUCUCCAGGAGUGUCAGUGUUCCAUUGUAAAUUUGUAUAAGGCCUAGAACUUAUGAGCAAGUUAAGAAACUUAUAAUAAAUAAUUAAUCAUAAAUUAAUAUAAUUAAGAUAAAAAAACUGGCUUGUAAUAUAAAAAAAUAUUUAAAUUAUCGAGGCCAAAGUGAAUCAGUUCUUAGAUGAAAAUGAACGAACUUGUUUGGGGAGUCAAAAACGGCGACAUUGAUCAAGUCCGAGAAUUCGUCGAAAAAAAAAAUAUUAAUGUAAAUGAAAAGAUUGAUGGCAGGACACUGCUGCACUACGCAGCUGAUUAUGGUCAAAAUGAAGUUCUUCGAUAUCUUCUUGAUAAAGGUGCUGAUGCUGAUGCAACUGACAAACACGGCAUAACUAGUCUGUUAUCAGCUAUUUGGGAGGGUCAUACCGGAUGUGUUAAAUUACUGCUAGAGAAAGGCGCUAAACAAGAUGGAUUGACACCAGAUGGUAAAACUUACCUCGACGCAGCUGAAAAAGACGAGAUAAAAAGUCUGCUUCGCGAUAGGCACUAACGCACAAAACCAAAAUCAUAAAUAAUAUAUUAAAUAAUUAAAAAAAAAAAAAAAAUAUAAAUUAUGAAUGAAGAUACAAAAAAGUAAAGCUAAAAUUUCGUUGAUAGUGUGUUGAAUGUUCCUUGUAGAUUAUAACUGCUACUUGUUAUCAAUCUGUAUACAAAUGACUAUUUUUACGUAUGUGUUUUUCUUUUUUUUAAGUAAAAUUAAGGACAUUCUCAGACACCACCCACUUUUUAAAAAAAUUCAAUGACAACUGUAAUAAUCGUAUUAAAAUUUUAUUAAUUAAUUGAAGCGUUAAUUGAAAAAAAUUAAACGUGAUUACAAUUUCGCUGAUAUAGAUUUUUAAAAAAUUACUUACAGUUAUCAGUUAGGAAUUAAUUUUAUCAAUAAAUUUUAGCCUACCAAAUUCUAAAUUUCGUUUAAUUCCUAAUUAAAUACAACUGUAAUUAAUUUUUUUAAAAUCUAUAUCAGCGAAAUUGCAAUUACGUUUAAUUUUUUUGAAUUAACGCUUCAAUUAAUUAAUAAAAUUUAAAUACGAUUAACAGUUGAGUCAUUGAAUAUUUGUAAAAAAAUGGGCGGCAAUGUCUGAGAAUACCCUUAAUGAUUUUAAUUUUUUUAGUUUGACUAAAUACGUAUAUUAAUAUAUGAAUAUAUAGAAGUGUGUAAACACAAUGUCCGUGAAGCUUUUUAAAAAUAUGUUUUCCGCUUAAAUUAUGUAUUAUGAGUACGAGUAAAAAAAAAACUAUUGUUACUAUUACUCAUUGCCGUAGUUUUAUUAUGAUAACUGUUUGAGAUCAUAUAUUA